UUAGAUAGUCCUUAUCACACCUUGCUUUUCAAAUAUUUGCUUCCAUGGGAACUGAGAGGGCUAGCCCCUGCAUCUACUUAUUUAUAGGUAAUUGGCCUCAUUCUUGAGCAAGAGAGAUUCCCCAACAUCACUUCUGCAGUGAAGCUCUGCUGAUUGUCAGCAGCAGACAAUGGAGGCCUUGCCUCUCAAGAUGAUCCUGGUGCUUUAUCUGUUGGGGAUGUUCUCAGGAGGCUUCCAGGUCUCCAGUUUUCACAGGGGAAGAGGACGCCACUCGACUCGUUUCAAGAAUAAAGAGCUUGACAUGGCCCUGGAUUCUUUCGAUGACCAAUACAACCGCUGCGUGAGUCAGAUGGAGCAGGAACUGCCAGCGUUACUAAGCUCUGAACUUGACAUGAAUCACAUCUACCGUGACAGCUGGCAAAAGGCCGUCAAGAAGUGGGACGAGAUCAAGGAGCACAUCGUCCUGCCCAGAGGCCUCCAGCCACUUCAUGCCACUGCGGUCCUGGCUUAUACAGAAAACUCACUAUUUAGAGAUUUCAACCAGGCGGUCCGGAAAGCUGGGCGAAGCAGAAAGGCUUACAAAGAUAAAUUCCAUUACAAGUCCUUCCACUACCUUCUGACCAGGGCUGUCAAGAUCAUUCGAAAGAGCUCCACACUGAAGUCCAGGAUGGUGUAUCGGGGGAUGGAGCCCCAAACUUUGACAGCUAAACGCUCCAAGGCCGUUCGUUUUGGACAGUUUGCUUCCUCUUCCCUGGACAGAAGCACGGCGGAACGUUUCGGAACGAAAACCUUCUUCACCAUCACUACCUCCUACGGGGCCUUCAUUGACGGCCUCUCCUUCAUUCCCAAAGAAAUGGAGGUGCUGAUUCCACCCUUUGAGACAUUCAAGGUGGUCAGUUUCACCAAGACAAAAAAUGGAAACAAUAUCACACUUGAAGCCAGUGGUAUUUUCAGCAGAUACAAUUGUGAAUUUUUGAAGAUCAGGCAUCUCUGAUUCUAAUAGAAGAGAAUAUGCAUAGCUCAGGGUUGAACUGUGGAGUCCUUGGCGUUCUCUGAGCUUGGUGGUUUCCU